CAGUUGCCACAUCGGCCAUCAGUUUAUCUUAAAAUGAAGCUUCAGGUCACCAUCUGCUGCCUGGUCGUGUUCGCCUGCUGUGCUGUCGAUGCCUACAGUGGCAAUGGCCAGCCUGGCUGCAAGACUCAAAUGGAACUCGAAAUAUCAGUGUUCCGCAACAACUGGGAUGCUACGUCCUACUGGAAGUGCGAUGAACUUAACGCCCCAGCCACCCAAAUGAAGUGCCCCGACGAAAUGGGCUUUGUGGACAGCCUCAAGAACUGUGUCAGCUGGGACGAAUGGGAAUGGGAAACUCCUGUGGCUCCACUCAGCGAAGUGGACGAGUGA